GCACCGGAAACUGGCUGCUCCUAAAGCCCUGUCUUCUACCGGGCUCACGAAGGAGGUAGAUUUGGGUUUGAUAAGAGAUGGAAGCGAGUCCUGGCGCUCAGGGGGUCGGGGCCAGAUGAGUCCCCAUCUGGUCGGUAAAGUCACCAGAGCCUGCUUCUCCUUGGCCCCAACCUCUGGGGAAGCCCUAACAGGCAAAACAGAAUCCAGGCCUGUCACUCGCUGUGCUGUGUCCACCCGGCCGGGCUCCGUGGUCUUCAUAACUCGCCUGCACUGCUGGAGGCCAUGGGAGGCCAUGCCGUGACCACGACCCUCACCACUCUUCUCUGCCUGGGGGCCCAGACCAUGAAAGGAGCUUCCUCGUGGGUGGGAGGGACGAGCCCCUCACAGGUAACUCUCCUCCAGGGCUGCGCCCGGGACGGUGGGAACACGUCCAGGCAGGUGAGUGCUCCCCAGACCUCCCAGCCCCAACCUCCUGGCUCAGCACAAUGGUCCCCUGGGCAGCUCGGGAGGGGGCUCAGCAGGUCUGGGCUGAGGGGGACCAGUCUGGGAGGGGCCUUCGGGUGACAGCUGGGGAAACCGAGGGACAAGGGAACCCCUGGUGUCUCCAGCUCUGAAUCCUUUCCAGGGAUCCUCCCCAAACCCUCCCUCUGGGCUGACCCAGGCUCCACGAUCCCAUCGGGGAGCCCCGUGACCCUCUGGUGUCAGGGGUCACCGCAGGCUGACCUCUACCAUCUGAAUAAAGACGGAGCCUCCAAACCCUGGGACACGCAGACCCCACUGGCCUCCAGGGACAAGGUCAGAUUCUCCAUUGAAUCCAUGAGCACACACACUACAGGGAGAUUCCAGUGUGAAUAUAGCAGCUCGGAGGGCUGGUCAGCGCCCAGUGACCCCCUGCACCUGGUGGUGACAGGAGCCCACAGCAAACCCUCCCUCUCAGCCCAUCCAAGUCCCGUGGUGGCUUCAGGAGGGAAUGUGUCCCUCUCGUGUGGUCAUCAGAACCUAACGGGCACUUUCCAUCUGGUGAAGGAGGGAGGAGAUGCCCCACCCCAGGCCGUGAACCCACAGAUCUCUGCUCGGGGGAACCAGGCCGUCUUCACUGUGGGCCCCGUGACCACCCACCAUGGGGGCUCCUACAGGUGCUAUGGCUCGGCCAGCUCCUACCCUGAGAGUUGGUCACUGCCCAGUGACCCUGUGGUCAUCGAGGUCACAGGGCUGUACCAGGCACCCUCGCUCUCGGGCCAGCCGGGAGCCCUGGUGCUCCCUGGGGACACCCUGACCCUCCGGUGUCGCUCGGAGGCCGGCUUCGACAGAUUCGCUCUGACCAAGGAUGAGGAGCUCACGCUCCCCCAGCGCCUUGACAGGCAGCUCAGUCCCGAGUUCCCCCUGGGUCGGGCGAACAGCACCCAUGGGGGCCGGUACAGAUGCUACGGUGCACACAACCUCUCCUCCGGGUGGUCGGCCCCCAGUGAGCCCCUGGACAUCCUGGUGGCGGGGCUGUACGAGAAACCCUCCCUCUCGGCCCAGCCGGGACCCUCAGUCUCCACGGGACACAACAUGACCCUGCAGUGUCGCUCGGAGACGCGGUUUGACACUUUCCAUCUGGCCAAGGAGGGGUCGGGAGCCCCACCCCUGCGCCUUCCUGCACUCAACAGGUCCGGGACCUUCCAGGCCGACUUCACUGUGAGCUCCGCGAUCUCAGCCCCCGGGGACACCUACAGGUGCUACGGCUCAUGCAGCCCCAACCCCUACCUGUUGUCUCAGCCCAGUGACCCCCUGGAGCUCGUGGUCUCAGGUCUCCAACAGUACCUGAACAUUCUGAUCGGGGCCUCGGUGGCCUUUGUCCUGCUCCUCUCCCUCCUCCUGUUCCUCCUCAUCAAACACCAGCGCCAGGGAAAGAGCCGGAAGCCAGGGGCUGCAGAGUCCACACCUAAGGACAGAGGCCUGCAGAAGAGCCCCAGCGGAGCCGCUGACCUCCAGGAGACCUUGUAUGCUGCCAUGAAAAACACGCGGCCUGAGGAGGACAGACACUUGGACAGUCAGCAGAGUCCUGAAAAUGCAGAGCCCCAGGGAGUGACCUACUCCCAGGUGAACCACGCAAGAAACCGGCGGGGAGGGACCACUUCUUCCCACACGCCAGGGGACGCGCUGACCAUGAGAGAGAGACAAGUGAAAGAGGACAGGCAAAUGGACGGUCAGGACGUGACCUAUGCUCAGCUGAACCACUUGGCCCUUGGACGGCAGACAACUGCACCUCCUCCCACCCAGGCAGGGGUGCCCGUGGCUGAGCCCAGCGUGUAUGCUUCUCUGACCAUCCGCUAGCCUGGGACACGACCCAGUCCCACAUGCUCCACGGGUCCUGCAGGACCCGGAAAGGCACAGGGGUCUCCCCAAGGACACUCAACCAACUUGGAGAACACAGACCACCAGGAGGCUCCAGGACUUCAGAAGUUGACUGCUUCCUGAGACACCACCUCAGGCUCUACACCAAUGACCCAGCUGACUGCACUGAGCCGUGUAAUUCUGCCACUAACCAGACCACAAUUAUCCAGGUGGCAACUUCUACCUUUCCCAAUCUGCUGGAUGGGGACCUGAAAUGUAGACUCCUAAAGGACUCUGAAACUUGGCAUUUGAUCUCCAAGCCUCAAUGCCCAAACAAGGAACACACCACAGAACACAGGGGCUGUAGUCGGCUGGGGGGGUUGCUCAAGCUAAUGUUUCACUUCCUCAAAGACCAAGCCCCUUCCUCCCCUGCCUGAUGCAGAUUCUCACAGCAAGGCAGAGAAAAGGGAAGCUGCCUUUUCCAGAAACCCCAAAUGGACUGGAAAGGAAGCGGGGGGGGGGGGGGUAGGGGAGAUUUGUUCAGGACUUGACUUGCCCAAGACCAGAUCACUGUAUUUCAGGACGACACAUCACCCACCUCCCAAAACCCACAAGACAUCUUCAGGUCUGCAAACCAGAACCACACCGUAACAAGCUUUGGAAUCAGUCUGUAAAUUGUCAAGUGCUGUGCUCUGCCCUAAAAACUUUCAAAACAUUAAGAAGUAUCUUUACCAGCAAC